AUGCAACUGAACUCUGAUUCUAACCGUCCCGUUGCCCGUUGCAUUGCAUAUCAAACGGGCUGUACCUAUCCGCCGAGAAAGUUACGGCGCCCCGCAGUGCACCCCUGUCGCAGUCCCCGUCCCGCCGUUUGCCGCCCCGAGAGCAUCACCCACCUCCUUUCUUUGCUGCCAUCAUCAUGCCGCACGUCACAUGCACGUCGCACUGGAAAGAGGGCUCAUGAUAACAGCCAUGAGGUCGAAGGCACGUUGUCGUCUCGCUGCUUCGGCGCCCACGCCCUCCGCUUAGUGCCCGAGAUAUUAGUACUGCGUUGCAACUGUGCGAGGUGGUAG